AUGGCGUCCCCCAAGAUCGAGGCUGUCAUCAGACAGCGGCACCAGAUGGCUGAGUGUCCAGUGUGGGAAGAGGAGACAGGGCAGCUGGUGUACGUGGACAUCAAUGGCAGGAGUGUGUGCCGCUGGAGCCCUUUCACAGGGGAGGUGCAGACCGUGGGCCUGAGAAACCGUGUUGGCUGUGUGGGCCUGUGCCAGAAGGGGACCUACGUGGUGGCUGCCGGCACCUGCCUUGGCCUCCUGGACUGGGGAACACAGCAGGUACAGUGGAUGGCCUGGCUGGACAGGGACAAGCCCCACAACAGGUUCAACGAUGGAAAGGUGGACCCUGCUGGGAGGUUUGUGGCAGCAAAUCCACGCAUCCUGUACCACCUGCAGCAGGGGCAGGGCAUGCCAGACGGGAUGUGUGUGGAUACUGCGGGGAAGCUCUGGGUGGCCUGCAUCGAUGGAGGCAGGGUGAUCCGUGUGGAUCCUGAGACAGGGAGAGCAGCAGCAGGAGCUGCUGGAAAGUCAGAGGAGCAGGAGGUUGCAGGAGGCUGUCCUGCCACGGGCGGGCAGAUGAGCACCGACUGCAGCUUCCGCAGCCUGCGCUGCAGGAUGGGGAACUCGGACUGGAUGUCAGCACUGAGUCCCCAGCUGUGGGACGUGCCCCUGCACCACUUGUCCAUCCCAGGCAGCCAUGACACGAUGACCUACUGCUUGAACAAGAAGUCCCCCAUCUCUCAGGCCCAGCCCCGGCUGCUACAGCUGCUCAGCAGAGCUGCCCCCUGCAUCACCCUGCCUGUGGUGCUCAAGUGGUCUAUCACCCAGGUGGGAGAGGUGCGGGGUCCACUGGGCAUAGGAGGGGGCAGGGGGCUCCCACUCCCAGGCCUGUGUAGUCUCAUCCCACCCCUGACCUUAACUCUGGGAAAAUGGAAAGCCUGUUUGCGGGAGGAGCUUCCUGGGCUUCCGCCAGCCUCUGUGGGAGUGUGCAAAUUACUCAGUAUGUCCCCCUCACAGGACACUCUCACAGAAAUCUCGGAGUGGCUGGAGAAACACCCACAGGAGGUGGUCAUCCUGGCCUGCAGGAACUUCGAGGGAAUGACGGAGGACCUGCACGAAUACCUGGUCACCUGCAUCAAGAACAUUUUUGGGGACAUGCUGUGCCCCCGAGGGGAGGUGCCUACACUGCGCCAGCUCUGGUCCCAUGGCCAGCAGGUACUUCUCUCCUAUGAGGAUGAGAGCUCUGUGGGCCGACACCUGGAGCUGUGGCCGGGAAUCCCCUACUGGUGGGGUGACAAAGUGAAAACAGAGGCGCUGAUCUGCUACCUGGAGUCCAUGAAGAACUGCGGGCGCCCAGGCGGGCUGUUUGUGGCAGGCAUCAAUCUGACGGAGAACCUACCCUACAUUCUGGCGCACCCGUCUGGGUCCCUGAAGAAGAUGACGCUGCCCAGCCUGCCACGCCUUGGCACCUGGGUUCGGGAGCAGUGCCCAGGGCCUGGCCCACACUGUACCAACAUCAUCGCGGGUGACUUCAUUGGGGCAGAUGGCUUUGUCAGUGAUGUCAUCAGGCUCAAUGAGAAGCUGCUGAGGUGCUGACCUGGCCCUUCUGUGUCCAAGUGCAGGACUCUGGGGUCAUCCUCCGCCCUACCGGGUUCUGCUGUCACUGGGCGGAAUAUAGGUGAUGGCAGGGCCAGUGAUAGUAAGUUUUCUUAUUUCUGUAUCCUUGAUGCUACGGCAUUUGGGGGUCCUACGGAUGCAGGGACAGGCGGCCCCUUCCCAGGGCUAAUUCCUGCAGACAAUGACGACUCCUGCAGGCGUGUGCCCCUACAUGCCAGCUGCCACCCUGCUUGUAAUGCUCUCACACAAACCAGUAUUUCCCCAGCCUUGAGUCCCCCAGGGUCGGGGGCCUGGCUACAGGAGGAGGCCACUGUGUCCUGAGUCACCCCACAGCCUAGAACACAGCCAUCUGGGGCCACCUUGCACCCCAAGGCCUGCUGGUGCAUCCUCACUGUCCAGGCCUCAGUGGCCCACCCAGCGUGUCCCGUGGGGACCCUGGUGGGGGCUGUGGCUGGCCUGGGGGCUUCCUGACUGCUGAUCACAGCUGGGGGACAUUUCUGGCAUCAGGUUGUCAGGGGAGGGCCUUGAAAAUGACUAUUUGGUCCACGUUACAGUAUGUUCCGUUUGAGAGCAGAUCAGUCAUUUUCCAAAAGAAAAUCUGCUCAUGUUCUCAGCCCUGGUCGCUGUGUUUCAAUGAAGAUGGCUCAAGGCCAUGGGGAUGACCACCGUAGGUAUGUGCACCACCUACCUCAGACCUGUGACUCUGUAGCGUGGAGGUCAGCUCCAUGCUCUGGAGGAGCCAGCGGUGAUGAAGGAGCGUGAGAAUAAGUCUGACCAGGCCAUGUCAGCUAUUCCCACCAGUAACUCACUUUAGAGAAUUAAAUAACAUAAAGGUCAAA